AGGAUGAUAGGUUUGGCGCGGAGGAGGAAUGUGCUAGGGCGCGCGUUCCACACCGCGGCCGUGUACAGCUUUGGCGAUGGCAGCAAUGGCGCCCUUGGCCACCCCCAUUCCUUCACCAACGAUUCCUUUGAGCCGGCCGCUGUGCCAGGCCUGCCCCCAUCGAUCGCGCGCGUCGCCUGUGGCCACUACCACUCCCUAGCGCUCUCGCGAUCCGGCGAGCUAUGGGCAUGGGGGAGGAACAACGAGGGGCAGCUAGGCCGCGGCGAGAAAUCCAUUCUAAGUGCGGCUACUAUCACUCCACAGCGAGUGAGAGGAAUGGAAUCCACCAGAGUUAGAGCGGCAGCGGGGUCUGGAGUGGUGUCCAUGGCGAUUUGCGAGGAUGGAUCGCUCUGGUCGUGGGGGUCGUCCAAGAGAGGCCAGCUUGGUCUCGGACUUGGUGUGACUAGCUCGCUACUUCCACAAAAGAUCCAUGCACUGGCUGGGAAAAGUGUUCUUCAGGUGUCGCUUGGAUGGGGUCACGCUCUAGCUUGCACGAUGGAUGGCGAGCUAUUCUCGUGGGGCUACCACGACUCUGGACGUCUCGGCUAUUUGCUCCCGCAAGACCAAACUUUGAUGAUCCAGCCUUCGAAGGAUUCUCUCGAUCACAACGACGUUGGAGAAAAGAUGUUGAUGGAGCAACUGCGUAAAGAGGAUGCCCCGAUCUUGCAGUGGGAGCCAAAGCUCGUGAAACUUCCAGAGCCAUCCAAGAUCGUCCAAGUUGCCUGUGGCCUCGACCACUCUCUUGCGCUCUCUGAGAGCGGUCUACUCUUUAGCUUUGGAGACAACAGCACCGCUCAACUCGGUCGCGAAACCACCGAGGAUUCACCAAUUAUCUCCCGCGUUGGAGGCGAUCUAGAAGGCAAGCAAGUAGUCGCGAUUGGAGCCGGAUGGGGCCACUCGUUGGCUGUCGAGAGAUGCUCGAGGGCUGCCUAUACUUGGGGUUGGUCGUCUGGUUCGCAGUUGGGACGCUCUGGCCCGAGCUCGGUUCCAAAACAGCUGGAAGAACUAGACGAUCCGGUUGUCUCGGUGGCUGGAGGACGCGUCCAUUCGCUGGCCUUGACGUCCAAGCAUCAAGUUUGGACGUGGGGGUGUGGCCGGAAUGGUCGUCUUGGCCUGGGAAGCUCGAGAGACGAGAAUCUGCCUGUGUUGGUGGAGAGCUUGGAAGAACACGCAGAAGUUAUAGACGUUUGUUGUGGAUACGAUCACAGUUUACUUCUCGCUCGGUGACACGAUCUAAAGUUUGAAAAGAUUUGCGAUCUGAGAAUAAAAGCAUUAGAGUUGCGAAGUU